GCGGGAAACCAAAAUGGCGAGAGCGAGCGAUCAAAAGCAGCCGUUUACCACAGUCUGAAACACUUCAGGCGUUUGAAUCAUCUCUCAAAAGCAGCAGCACCACCUCGAUUGACAGCGGAGCUCCUGCUGCCCGUUUAUGGGUAGUUCUUUGUAAUUGUGAGGCAUUGUAACCCGGGAAAGUGGCCGAAUGAGAGACUCAGCAAGUGCAGAUAACCUGGCCGCCCAUCAAAAGACUCCAAAUCGCCAACACAAGUCCCCUGUGUCCUUGCCCCGAUUUCCCCUGAAAGAUGGGCUGACUGACACGACCAAGCUUGCUGGCAAGUUUGAGGAAGGACAGGACGUCCUGGCACGGUGGUCAGAUGGCCUCUUUUACCUGGGCACCAUUUCCAAGAUAGAUAAACAUAAGCGUCGCUGCUUUGUGAUUUUUGAAGAUCAGUCUAAGUCCUGGGUUCUGUGGAAGGACAUUCAAACAGGGGACAGUGGAGGGGAGAUGCUCUGCUCCAUAUGCCAGAAUGAAAGCUCUGAGCCCCCUAAUGAAAUCGUCAUCUGUGACAAAUGUGGUCAAGGAUACCAUCAGCUAUGCCAUGCUCCUGUAAUUGACUCCAGUGUCAUUGACUCUGAUGACAAAUGGCUCUGCAGACAGUGCGUGUUUGCCACAACAACAAAGAGAGGCGGUGCACUAAAGAAGGGGCCAAACGCCAAAGCCCUACAGGAAAUGAAGCAGUCUCUACCAUACGCCCUUGAAGAAUUAAUGUGGGACCAGGGCCACAAGACCAACAUCCAGCAAUGCUACUGCUACUGCGGUGGACCUGGAGACUGGUAUCUGAAGAUGUUACAGUGUAACAAGUGUAAACAGUGGUUUCAUGAAGCUUGCAUCCAGUGUUUUCAGAAGCCAAUGCUCUUUGGAGACAGGUUCUAUCUAUUUAUUUGUUCCGUUUGUAAUAGUGGACCAGAGUACCUCAAACGCCUGCCUCUGAGAUGGGUAGAUGUUGCACAUCUGAGCCUCUACAACCUGAGUGUCAUUCAUAAAAAGAAAUACUUCGACUCCGAGCUUGAACUGAUGACUUACAUCAAUGAAAACUGGGACAGGCUUCAGCUUGGAGAGCUUGCAGAGACCCCAAGAGCAGAACGAUAUGAAUGCAUCCUGGAAGCACUUAACAACAACCUCGACAUGUUCAUGUCGGGGAAAGAGAUCAAGAAGAAGAAACACCUAUUUGGCUUACGAAUCCGCUUCCCACCAGCCCCUCAGAGCUCCGAGCUCCUGUCUGACCGAGAGCCGGAAAAAGCCUCCCACGAGAUCAAAAUCAAAGGCAGGAAGGCCACCAAACCCUCUCUUUCAUCCACGCCUGUUACUAAUGGAGCAGUGAAGAAAGGAAAGAGGAAGCAUCACACACACUCUUUAGAGACAUUGGCCAAAUUGAGAAGGUCAAGUGAACUUUUGGCACAGAAUGAUGGAAAGUUUCCAACUAUAGACAAUAACUCACUAGACCUGAUGGCCUCAAAAAGUGCCAAAAGUGAAACAUUUUUGCCUUCAUCAAGUACCUCAGAUGUUGAAUCGGUUGGAGGCACCAGCACCAGUGAAACUACCUCAACCACCCUCUCAAGGCAGUCCAGUUUGGGCAGUCCGAGUGGACCACGCACUGGAUGUUUUUGGCCUACCAUCACACAGCCCCCAAUUAAGAGGCGCCGGGGGCGUCCACGACGAGCACUGCAGCCCCCAAAUCCAGAGAUUCCUCCAACCUGCGAUACAGAACCACAACCCACCACCACUAACAACAACAUAAUCCCGGAACCCAGCGCUCUUCCCUCCUGCCUGUACAGCAGCAUGGACAUCAUGCAGGGCCUGGACCCCAACACCCAGCUCAACCACCUCAAGAGCUCCAUCAGCACUUACUUCGGGGCCGCCGGUCGCCUGGCCUGCGGAGAGAAGUACCGUGUCCUCGCUCGCCGCAUCACAAACGACGGCAAAGUAGAGUACUUGGUGGAAUGGGAGGGCGUCACUGCCUCCUGAGCUCCAUACGGGUGUGUUUUAAGAUGGUGUAAAGCCGUGAUUCAGACUGAAUGUACAUGGAUGACUAAGAUAUUUAAGGGCCCUCAGGACUCGAUAGACAUGAAGCGAUGGGACUUUUGUAGAGUUUUGUCUAUCUGGAAACUCAAAUGGACUGCCUUCAUGUGGACUAAGUUGGCUGUAGUUUCAGGUUGAAAACGUUGUCAGUUUGCUACUAUGUGAAAACCUGAGUCCUUGCUUUUUUUUCUGUUGUUUAUGAUGUGCAGGUGCCUUAAGGGGAUGUGAAACGGAUACUAUAUAUAUACUAUAUAUAUAUAUGCGUGCUGCUGGAGACAGAGGAUUUUGUUUUUGUCUUAUUCAAUUUUUUUCUCAUUGCUCGAAUUGCAAAAGUGGAGAGAGAGCACUAUUGUCAAUAGGGCACUUCUAUUUACAAUUCAAUUGAUUGCACAUACUCUCGGCCUGUACAUCCAGUAUUGACUCAUCUCAGUUUAGAGGAUUUGUUCAUCCGAAAAUGAAAGUUGAUUCGGAAUUUUUUACUCGCCGUCUCAUGCAAGUUUUUCUUUUAGAUGAACUCCGACAUCCUGGCUCUUCCCAGAUUUAAUGGAGGUGAAUGGCGCUCGAGUUUUUGAAGCUCCGAAAAGCACAUUCAUCCAUCCUGAAAGUAAUCCGGAAGACAGUGUAUUAACGAAUGCCUUCGGAAGCAUAGCAAAUUAUUUGUAAUGACAAAAAAAUCUGAACUGUUUCGACAUCUGACCUAGGUGUAGCAGAAACUACCUUGAAUUGACUAAGCAUUAUCGAACGCAGAAGUGCAGAGAGGAGAUGAAAACACGAUAACGUUCACUCACCAUUUUAAGACUGAUACUAAUACAGGCAGAGAACAGAAAACAACUCCAAUAGACCGUGUCAAUUCUUAUUUUAUUGUCCAUUAUGUCAUAAUUUGAGCCUCACGUGAAGUAGUGUUGUCAAAAGUAUCGAUUUCGAUACCAAAUGAUAUUUUAAUUUUAAAAACGUCCAUUUUCCAGUAUUUCAGUGUAUUUUUAAAUACUGCUCAUUGGCCAUUGUGCUCAUGUGCUCAACAGCUAUGACUGUGCAAACACAUUGGAGCGUUUCAUAGCUAAGGUGAACAGUCGAUCCCUCAGCAGAUUGCUCGUAUGACAGAUCAGCUGAUCAACAUGGCUUUUAAAACACUCCAGUGUUUGUGUAUCUGUGUUUUUAAAGCUCUAUAUGUUAAGCAUGGUAACACAAUGGCCAAUCAGCAGUGUUUAAGAAUAUUAACGGGACGUUUUUAAAAUGUCAGUAGCGAUUGGUACCGAAAUCGAUACUUCUGACAACCCUAGCAUGAAAUAGAUUAAGGUAUUGAUAGCAAUUCAUUAUUCCACUUGUUCUAAAUAGGUUACUUUUAUGAUAGACGGACAUGCUUAAACUCUUUAAAAACUCGAGCACCAUUCCCUGCCAUUAUAAAGCCGGGAUAUUAGUGAAUCAUAUAACGUUAAUUAUGUUCAUCUGAAAGACUAAAGGCAUAUACAUCUAGAAUAUAUUGAAGGGUAGCAGAUUGGGACGGGUUUCAUUUAUUAGGUGAAAUAUUGAUUUAAACAGCCUAACGUGUUAAUUUUGGACAUGCUUACUGGAGCUUCAAAAACUCGAGCACCAUUCACUACCUUUAUAAAGCCGGGACAAGACAGGAUAUUAGUUAAUAUAACAUUAAUUAUGUUCACCUGAAAGGCUAAAGGAUAUAUAGACACCUAGUAUAUACUAAGAGUGAGCAGAUUUGGGACAAGUUUCAUUUAUUAGGUGAAAUAUUCCUUUAAACAGCCCUAACGUGUUGAUUUUGGACAUGCUUUGUAGAGCUUCAAAAACUUGAGCACCAUUCACUGCCCUUAUAAAACCGGGAGGAGCCAGGAUAUUGGUUAAUAAUAUAACGUUAAUUAUGUUCACCUGAAAGACUAAAGGAUAUAUAGACACAUAGGAUAUAUUGAGGGUGAGCAGAUUGGGACGGGUUUCAUUUAUUAAGUAAAAUGUUCCUUUAAACAGCCUAACAUGUUAGUUUUGUAAUAAAAAACAAACAAACAACAAUGUAAAAUGGUUAAUUCUUCUCUUGCUGUUAAAAGGCAGAAAAAAAAAAAGAAUCGCAUUAAUAUUUACAAAAAUUUACUGAGAUUUUUCCACAAAUUGCCAGAAUUGAACGUUUAUCAUUUUGUUUCCUGAGGUUUUCUUUAUUUUCUUAUUGUUUUUUAGAAAUGCGUAUAUCUUAAAAUCAUAUGAAAGAGCGCUGUAGUGUUAGGAGGUCUUCUUCUAAUAUUAAUAAUAAUAAUAAUGAACUUCAGCUGUUGAUACCUGCCUUGGCAAUUUCAGUUCAAAAGGUUUUGAGAUUUUUCUUUUAGGUUAAGUGGCGUUUUAGUUUCAGCCAUUUUAAAUCUUUGUUAUUGCGGGGGAGGGGAACAUCUUAUCUGUGUACUUUUUGUUAUACUAUGCAACAACGUCAAAGGAACUGUGUAUUAUUAUAAUUAUUAUUACUUUUGUUUUUUUCUUUUGUAGCUUCACAUCACAAUCAGAAAACCGCAGCAAUAUUUUUGUUACAAUUGAUUGACUCAGGCUUUUUGUGGUGCUAUUUAUUAUUGCUUUCGAAACGUCAUACACUAACAAACUGUCCAGAGCACUCAGGAUUCCUUACAGCCUCACUGUAAGAUUUGAUAAGACAUCCAAAAGAGAUUUUUUUUUUUCAAUUCUCUGUAUUUUCAUACAUUUCUGAAGUCCUCAAGAUUUGUGAUAUAUAGGAGGGAAAGUAUUUUUUGUUCGCCCUGUUCUCAAAAAUACGAUUGAGUCAUUUGCUGAAUGUUGAAGUAGCGUUGAUAUCAGGCAAAUUGAACGUUAAUACCUCCUGGUUUUGAUACAAAAAUAAUAAGAAUUUGUAUGAAUAAUAAGCUCUUGUUAUGUGUAUGAAGCAUUAUUCAGUUGGUGUACCAGUGUUAGUAAAGCUUGCUUUGUAUUUUACUGGCUUUGAGCAGGCUCCUUUAGCCAAAGAAUAAAGAUCUCAAACCUUA